AUGGUGACAUAUCUACGAAACAAGUUCAAAAGAGUCCAGACAAUCGCUCGCAACUUCCUCGGCCUGUCCCUCGACGACAGCGCUGCCGCAGCCAUCACCGCCUCAUCCAUGGCCGAUGACGAGCUCAAUGCCGCUCCGGCCGGCACCGACGCCGUUCUUGCCUCUGCCGGCGCCGGCGAUGCGGCCCAGCCCAGCAGCGAGCGCAGCAGUCUGAAGCGCGCGAGUCCCCACGACGGGCACGACGAGCCCGCCGCCGAGAAGAAGCCCAAGACGGACGACACGGCCAAGCACGGCGACGACGACGACGAUGAUGAUAGCAAGGAGCAGUGGCAGACAGUCAGCCGCUCGAACAAGAAAAAGUCGAAAAAGCUGCCGCGGCCGGGCAAAAACUACCCGUCCAUCACCUUCUCGCCCGGAGCGCGGCUACAGUCCAAGAUUGGCGUCAGCCACCUUCGCGACCUGGUGACGUACAUUUUCGCCGACGGCGCCGGCCCGCAGUGGUGCGCCGUGAUGCACCGCCCUGCGUUUCGCAAAAUUGUCGCCGUCAUGGUGCCGGGACUCGAGGAGGCCAUGUUUCGGCCCGGUGUAGAUCUGACCACCUUUAACGAAACGCGCGAUGAUGAUCUUGCAACAGCAGCAGCGGGGCAAUCGUCGUCAUCGUCGUCGUCGAAAACGGAACCGAAAAAGGACGCGUCCCCGGAUGAUUACUACCCGCGGCCGCUAGACAAGACACAGCUGCCAGAGGCGCUGCGGCCGUUUGCCGACAUAUUUCCGCAUCUGUGGCCGGUCAAGACGCCCGGCGACGACCGCCACGGCAAGAUGCACUCCCCGAUGGCGGCGUUUCUCAGCACGCCCGCGCCCAAGGAGAAGAAGCAGGGCGUCAAGCCCGCGCGCGAGCCCUCCGGGUGGAAGAAUGAGCGCACGCGCAUCACCGAGUUUCUCGCCACGCCGGCGGAGCUCGCAGAGAACGGGUACCUGGUGCAUCCGGCGCUGCUACCAACCGAUACCGCCGCGGCGCGCGACGCCUUUGUCCUGCCGGAAGGCUGGGUGCGCACGGUGGUGGAGCGUGCCGAGAACGGCGACGCGCCCGAGGCGGAGGUGCAGCAGGGCAGCGUGACGGCGGGCAGGACGGUGCUGGCGCUCGACUGCGAAAUGUGCCUCACGGGCGAGGACGAGUUUGCGCUGACGCGCGUCAGCGUCGUCGACUGGUCGGGCGACGUGGUGCUCGACGAGCUGGUGCGCCCGGCCAAGCCCAUCACCGACUACCUCACGCGCUUCUCCGGCAUCACCGCCGAGAUGCUCGCGCCCGUGACCACGACGCUCGCCGACGUGCAGGCGCGGCUGCUGACGCUCCUCACCCCGCGCACCAUUCUCGUCGGCCACUCGCUCGAGUCCGACACCAAGGCGCUGCAACUCACGCACCCCUUCAUCGUCGACACCUCGCUGCUGUUUCCGCACCCGCGCGGCCCGCCGCUCAAGUCGUCGCUCAAGUGGCUCGCCGAAAAGUACCUCUCACGCAGCAUACAAAAGGGCGGGGCCGCCGGCCACGACGCCGUCGAGGACGCCCGCACAUGCCUCGACCUCGUCAAGCAAAAGUGCGAAAAGGGCCGCGCGUGGGGCACGCCCGACGCGCAGGGCGAGAACCUCUUUCGGCGCCUCGCGCGCGCCGGCACCGCGUACAAGGCCCAGGGCGGCGACGCGGCCCUCGGCGGCGUCGAGGUCGGCAAGACGAGCGCGGCCGUCGACUGGGGUGACCCGGGCAAGGGCUACGGCGCCGGCGCGACUGUGCGCUUCGGCUGCGCGUCAGACGAAGAAGUCGUCGCCGCCGUGCUGCGCUGCGUCAACGGCGACGCCGACGGUAAAGAGGUCCGCGGGGGCGGCGUCGACUUUACCUGGGCGCGGCUGCGCGAGCUCGAAGCCCGGCAGGGCUGGUGGAACACGAACCGUAUCAACAGCAACGGACUCGCCGCUGCAGAAGCCGAGAAGGAGGCGGAGGAAGAGGAGGAUCUGGAGCGCUGCGUAGCGAGGCUCACGCAACGCAUCGAGCGCAUUCACGCCGCGCUGCCGCCGUGCACCGCGCUCCUCGUGUACAGCGGCUCCGGCGACCCCCGACGCAUGGCCGCGCUGCAGGCCGUGCAGGCGCGCUGGCGAAAAGAGUACAACACGCCCGGCCGCAAGUGGGACGAGCUGAGCGUGCAGUGGACAGACGUCGAGGAGCAGGCGCUGAAGCGGGCGGCGCAAAAAGCGCGGUCGGGCAUCGGCUUCAUCACGGUCAAGUAG